ACGCGCGUCGCAGCAGAUUAGGCGGAAGUCGCGCGGCCAGCAGGCAGCUGUCAUCGUAGCCGAUAGCCGCCUGCUGCUGCAAACAACAAGUUCAGCAUUUGUCGCUCAAAGCGUCUGCACCUGGAGGUCCGCUUAUAGCCAACCUGGGCAACAUGGACGAGGACGUGCUGACCACCCUGAAGCUGCUGAUAAUUGGAGAAAGCGGAGUGGGGAAGUCCAGCCUCCUCCUGAGGUUCACAGAAGACACUUUUGACCCAGAGCAGUCAGCCACAAUAGGUGUGGACUUCAAAGUAAAGACCCUAGCAAUUGAAGGAAACAAAGCAAAGCUAGCCAUUUGGGACACUGCUGGACAGGAGAGGUUUCGCACGCUGACACCCAGCUACUACCGCGGUGCGCAGGGAGUCAUACUCGUAUAUGAUGUCACACGGCGCGACUCUUUCACGAAGCUCGAAAACUGGUUGAACGAACUGGAAACUUACUCGACGCGCAACGACAUUGUCAAAAUGCUGGUCGGCAACAAAAUCGAUAAGGAUGACCGUGAAGUGGACAGAAAUGAAGGACUGAAAUUUGCCAGGAAACACUCGAUGCUUUUUAUUGAGGCCAGUGCUAAGACCAAAGAUGGCGUCCAGUGUGCCUUUGAGGAGCUAGUGGAGAAGAUCCUCCAGACUCCGGGACUCUGGGAGAGCGACAACCAAGGUCAGAAGGUCCAGCUGGGGCAGCAGGAGCAGGACAGGGGACGGGCGUGUGGCGGAUACUGCUCCAUACCCUGAAACCGACAGAAACGGCGACCUGACGGGGAAACGAUACGGACCAGAGAAACGGAACUAAAGAGGGGCGGAAGAAGAAAAGGAAGUUAAUUGUUGGGAGCUCCGUCAUCUAAGCGAACACUGCAGUUUUGCACAAUUACUGUUCAAACAUCGUCACUUAUUUGACUCAUCAUGUUUCGUUAGCGAGCGCAUCAAUCAGAGGUGGAAUGGUGUUUUCAGAUAAAACGAGACGUGCCCAGGGCGUCGCAGCAGUACUCCUCUGGGGCGGAUCUCCAUCAUUGGCAACAGUUCGGUUCGGCAUUACUUUACCAGGAUCGUGCCUGUUACAUCAUCAGAUUUUAGGUGGAGCUUCAGGUUUUAUUCUGAAUAUUUAAUCCUAAACAAUAAAAAAAACUUAAAUAUCCUA